CCAAUCCAACGAAUUUUUUUAUAUAGAAAACAAUCAUCAAGUGGUGGUAUUGCCUUUUGGCUUGGCUAUAUCUCUAUGCCAUUUGUCAAAAACCUAUGCUAACCUUUCUUCUCCCUGUAGAGACAACUCUGAGGUUCAUCUUCAUCUGCCUUUGUAUACAAAUGACAGGGUAGGAAGACUCUCUUCUUCUUGAUUUCUACUUCCACCAGAUAAGGCGAGGUGACUAUGUAAGGAAUAACGGUCUUUGCUACGCUAAGUCAUCCUAGAAGGUUUAACAGGAUUUCAUCAGUGAGCGACUCUGCCUGGUUUACUAUUUCUCAAGGUGAACCAUGUCAUUAGUUAGGACUGCUGAGGUAGCUCCUACAUCGUAUAAAAAUACCAAGCUCUACUCAUUAAAGGGAACCGAUGCUAGACCUGACUUGUCCUCCCAAAUGUUUGGUUCUGAUAAGCAUAGAACCGUGUACAUGACAGAUACUUACUCCAGUGAGAGUUAUGAGAAGUACUUCCAUGACUCACAAACAGAAGAACUGAUAGAACCAUCUAGUUCCGGCAUCUCUGGAAGUUCAAUUCACCCUGAGGGUGCAUCUUCUUACCAGCUCAGAGCUAGUUCAGGAGCUAGUAUGGUUGCUAAUGACCCAUUUGAUACAUCUUUCAUGUCUACGAGGCACCAUGAUGUCUAUGAGUCCAACUAUGGAUCAGAUUUGUUGGAAAAUGGAAGCCUGGACUCAUUUGAGGAUGAUGGUCUAAUGAGAUUAAAACUACAAGCAUUGGAGAGGGCAUUGCUUAAUGAUAGUGAUGGUGAGGAGGAGGAAGAAGACAUAUUUGGAACUGCUCAAAGCAUGGAAAUUGAUCCUGACAUAGCUGAGUGGGCUGAUCCCGUUCAGAAUAUGCUGCUCUAUGACUCACCAAAGGAGUAUUCAUCUUCAGAUUCCAUUAUUAGCAGUAUCAGCAGCAGCAAAGAAAUAUCACAUAUUUCUCGGACCCCCAAGCAACUGCUUUAUGAAUGUGCUAUUGCACUUUCAGAAGGAAAUGAAGAGGAAGCCUUAUCUAUGAUAAACAAUCUCCGGAAAAUGGUCUCAAUUCAAGGAGAUCCAUACCAAAGAAUUGCAGCAUAUAUGGUGGAGGGACUUGCAGCUCGCUUGGCUGAAUCUGGCAAAAGCAUUUAUAAAGCUCUGAAAUGCAAGGAACCUCCUUCUUCAGACCGUCUAGCAGCCAUGCAGAUACUAUUUGAGGUUUGCCCAUGUUUUAAAUUUGGAUUUAUUGCUGCUAACAAUGCAAUUUCAGAGGCAGUUAAAGAUGACAUGAAGGUUCAUAUAAUAGAUUUUGACAUCAAUCAAGGAAGUCAAUACAUAAAUCUAAUUCAAAUACUUGCUUCAAGGUCAAGUAAGCCACCCCAUGUUAGAUUAACUGGGGUUGAUGAUCCUGAGUCUGUGCAGAGAUCAGUUGGAGGCUUAAAGAUCAUAGGACUAAGACUUGAAAAACUUGCAGAAGUACUCGGGAUGCCAUUCGAGUUUCGAGCAGUAGCAUCAAGGGUUUCAGUUGUCACCCCAUCAAUGCUCAAUUGUCUUCCUGGAGAAGCACUUGUGGUGAACUUUGCAUUCCAGCUUCAUCACAUGCCUGAUGAGAGUGUUUCAACAGUAAAUGAAAGAGACCAACUUCUUCGCUUGGUGAAGAGCCUGAAACCAAAGCUUGUAACAGUUGUGGAGCAAGAUGUAAACACUAACACCACCCCCUUCUUACCGAGAUUUAUUGAAGCCUACAAAUACUACUCUGCUGUGUUUGAGUCUCUUGAUGUUACCCUUCCAAGAGAAAGCCAGGACAGGAUGAAUGUUGAAAGACAAUGCUUAGCGAGGGACAUUGUGAAUAUUGUUGCAUGUGAAGGCGAGGAUAGGAUAGAACGGUAUGAAUUUGCAGGAAAAUGGAGAGCAAGGAUGACAAUGGCUGGCUUCACUACAUCUCCAAUGAGCACAAAUGUGGCUGAUGAAAUCCGAAAACUCAUAAAGAUGUACUGCGACAGGUACAAGAUAAAGGAGGAAAUGGGUGCUCUUCAUUUUGGUUGGGAAGACAAAAACUUGAUUGUUGCUUCAGCAUGGAGGUGACCAAGAUAAUUCAUGUUAGGUGAGACUCAUUAUGGUAUUGAUAAUGUAGUUUUUGCUUGCUUGUUUAGUUUGUAGACUUAUUUUGUCAUUCGUAUUGUAGUGUUUGCUUGUUUCUUCAGAUGUAUGCUAACGUACAAUCUUAAGCUUUUAACGAACUUACAUUUUAUUUAACUGCUUAACGU